GGGGAAGAUAGAUGACACGUUUCUCUUUCUCGCAUUCUUAGGUCCAAAAUGGGAAUGCAUGUGAGCUCUAUGAGAAGAUUAGGUGUCAAAGGAAAGCAAACGUGUUCCUCCGAUGAAAUCUUCAACAAUUUUUUUGGUCCUGAAGUUUGUACAUUUGAAGAGUUCCAUGCGUCUUUCCUUAAUUUAAUAAACAAGUUCAAUGCAGCCUUGCCUGGAAGGCGUUAUAGUGUUCCGCCACUUGAAAGCAUAAUGGAGUUUUAUCAAAACUUGGAAAAUUAUGGCGAGGAUGCAGAAGAGAAGAAAUAUCUAGUCAUCCAUUUCUUGGAGAGAAACAUCAGCAUCAAUCAAACACACAACAACGCGGUGAUGUGGACAGGUUUGGUAGCACCCACAGCGGCCUUGAUCCUCAAGAAAGCGGUGCCUGAUGUUAUUUUCGUGCCUUUUUGCACAAUGCUUGCGGUUGCUGCAGCCAAAGCAAUGCACUCUCAAAAGAUCUAAUGAUGAUAAAUGCGUCUUCCAAGUUUUCAUCAAGCCAUCAUGUAUUAUGUAUGCAGUCAUCGAGCAUGUGCCUGCUUGUUGGAUUCAUAUACUGAUGAGGAGAACUUUGGUUUCGUACCUAAAUUUCGACUCUGGUUUAUUUUUUUUUCUAUUCUGAUAAAUAAGAAAAAGUA